CCUGGAGGGGCGUGACGGGAGGGACACCUACGUGAUCGAGGCUGACAAGGCCUGCGACACCAUCAAUAACUGGUCGAGCGAUGAGGAAUGGGACACAGUCCAUCUGCCUUCCGAUCACCAGAACCUCGGUGUGACCGUGAGGGACAACGGCGACCUCGAGAUCCAUGACACGGUUUCCCAAGCGGGGGCCUGUGUGAUUCUCCAGAACUGGCGAGGAGGUUGGGCCUGGCAGCACGUCACCUUCAUCAGCGGCGACUUUGUCAUGUUCCAAGUGUCAAACACCUCUUCAAGGCCGGAGAUCAAACCAAUGCUUGUAGACUUCAGCGGCCGAGAGUCCGGUGUGGAAUUUCACCUGGCCACAUUUCCCGGGAACCAGCAGAUCAUGACAGUGUUGGGAUCUCGCCACAAUGACCGGUUAUACGGGAAUGAGAGAAACAAUGUGCUGAGUGGGAUGGGGGGAGCGGAUUUUCUGAAAGGGGGAGGUGGCAGCGACACCUACAUUAUCGAUUGCCAAUGGACCUGGUUGUUCCCAAUCACCAUUGACAACGAGGACACAAAGGAGACGAUGGAUUUCCUUUUGCUACCUGAAGACUUUGAGGAUUUAGUGUUUGAACCGAGUCCACCCGACGCUUACCUUCGGAACCGAAAGCAGCCCCCCUGUUUAAUCAUCCUGACGGACUGGUUCAAGGAUGGGGCACAUCGCCACUUGAUGUUGCGUAGUCAGGACGGUGUAGUCUUUACGCUCCCGGAUCAAUAUAAUUCCUGGCCACUGUUACCUAUUUACAUCCCACCGCCUGGUAUCUCCUACCACAACCUCAUCCCUCAGGUCUUUGCGGUGGACAAGUCCAACUCCAAGCUGCACACCGUGCUUAUAGAUGCCCGGAACCAAGCGUUGGCUCACGCUGUCAAACUAAUUGGCUCCUCCCAACAGAACUGGAUCUAUGGCAACCAGAGAAACAAUUAUAUUGACUGUGGUCCAACAUUCUGCCAUGCAGAGGGGGGCAAUGGUAGUGACACGUACGUCCUGACUAAGGGCACGUGCACCAUCAACAAUUACGCCGAGGACCUGCUCAUGGAUCAGAUUCUGGUUCCGGCAAAAUUCACCCAAAUCCAGGUGUGGAGCAUGUGGACACACAUCCACCUGAAAACCCCGGGUCUCUCCUGUACCCUGUCCAAAUAUCUGCAGGGGGAGGCAUACCAGCACCUGGUGGGACGGAGCAGUGACGGGGUCUGGUUCACUUUCACCAAGGAUGGGCUGCAGACUCUCUAUGUGGACAUGGCACUGCAAGGCAGCCAGCACCUGAACCUCUCGUCCGUGCCCUCCCUGGACAAGGUCGUCUCGGUCCAUGGCCAGCGCCAGCAGUGCAAUUGCAUCAUCGGCAAUGCGCUGCCAAACGCCAUCAUCGGGGGCUCCGACACCGACGUGCUGGAGGGACGUGGAGGAGACGAUACCCUCCAGGGGUCAGCUGGGGAGGACUAUCUGUCCGGGGGUCAGGGAGCCGAUGAAAUCCACGGCGGUGAAGGCACAGACUGGAUCCUGGGUGGUGCCGGCAACGAUAUCCUUUACCCUGGACCGGGGGCAGACCGGGUUCACAGCGGAAGUGGUUCGGACACCAUCUUGUUUGCGGGAGAUCUCGAGAAGGGCCAGGGGGUGCUGGUGAACCUGGAGGUUGGCUUCGGCCUCGGGGCGGAUGCCGACGGUGAUUUGUACUACGCAGUGGACAACGCCAUCGGCACCGGUUACGCCGACGUGCUGAUCGGAUCAGGAGGGGACAACGUCCUGAGUGGGGAAGGGGGAGAUGACCUCUUCCUCCCUUUGGAUGGUCGGGACACCCUGAAGGGCGGAGAAGGAGCCGAUGUGUACCAGCUGGAUGGCACGAGAGGCCUCAAGGUGAUUGACAACUACGCGAAAGAUCGGAAAUACGAUACCAUCGUCCUGGGCAGUCGGCACACGAAGGACAACCUCUUCCUGGACAGACAGGGAAUGCAGCUCAUGGUGACACUCUUAAACAUUCAGGAAGGUGACUUUUCCGGCUCACUCCUCAUCAGAGAUUGGUUUAUGCGGCCGGAGAACCGGCACAUCAUCGUGCAACUUGACAAAUCCUAUAACAUGGAGGAUCUGGUCUCAGAAAAGGUUCAUCCCCGGCCAGCAAAUCGGUUUGUCCUCAAUUUCAAAAUCUUCUAUGAAGGAAGGAAGUAGCCACACCCGUUAAAGCCCCAUGUAAGGCCGACUGAAUUAACUGCCCUCGAUCUUCCACGAUCCAGAACAAACUUAAUUCAAGUGUUAAACCGA